GAAUUUAGCUUAGCCAUCACCACCUCAAUCCUCUCUCUCUCUCUCUCUCUCUCUCUCUCAAAGCCAAGAAAGCUUUUGUUUUCUUAUAAGAACCCUGAAACCUCUUGUGUUCAUAGAAAGGACCUUCUUUCUACGCAUUAAUUUUCACAUCUUCUCUCUCAUUUGCUUCGUUUUCCCCAUCUCUUUGUAACAGUCGUAUAGCUUGCAACAUUGUCCCAUAUUACACAGCCAGCUUCAUCGGUUGUUACAGAGAGAAUUUAAAUUAGUUAAUAUAAUUAGAAUAUAAAGUCAAUAUGGGUUUUCUUCACAAGCUUUGGGAUGAAACACUCGCCGGCCCGGCACCUGAAACCGGCCUCGGCAAGCUCCGCAAGUUUGACUCCUUGUCUAGCCCGGCUUCGCCGACUAUGGUCUGCGAUGAGGUGCCCGUCACUCGGAGCAUUACAAUUCUCAGGACCACUUCUUCCACGUUUGGAAACCUGUCACCGAAUUCCGGCUCCCCCUCGGAGUCCCCAACUACACCAGGCACUCCGAAAAGCCCGGGAACACCAGGUGCAAUGACCAAGAAAUUAACAAGGAGGAAGUCGUCAGCUGAUGCUUUGGAACGCGCCGAACCUAGAAGUCCGACUGGUUACGAUUGGAUGGUAAUUGCUGCUUUGGAUCGUUGAGAGAGGAAGUGAUGAAGAUUUUUCUGAAGUAUCGGCCUGCGACUCCACACCAUUGUACAUAGAGAACCUUUGUGGGAACUUGAUGCAUAUUAAUAUAUCCAUAUGGUAAAUAGAGAUGUAAUCUAAGUACUACAUAAAUAAGGUGGUUCUGUCGGGGAACAAGAGAAGAACCCAAUGCUCCUUGGAGAUUAUGAGGGAGAUAGCCAUUUUGCCUAUUUGAUGUUUCCAUGUGAUCUUCAAGUUUCCGUUUGUAUAUUUGUAUAUAUAUGGUUUUGUGUGUUGAA